GACUAAUUAAAUUAAAAAAAUAUAUCCUAUCAAUAGACAUGUCAAUUCAAAAUGAUGCGAUUGGGAACAAAUUGCUGCUGCAAAGAUAAAAUGCCGGUAAUCGCGCGAUACAACCGAAUCAUCAGUAAAUGCCAUUAUAUAAUUGUAGUCAUUUAAAUCAAAUAUAUAUUUUUCGAUACAUUUAGAUUUAAAAAUAUCAACUAAGAAGACAAAGAAACAAAGAUAAGAUUUGUAAUAAUGAUUUAUUACAAUUUGAUCUUUGGUACACAUCAGUUAUCAUCAACGAUUACCAAAUGUACUGAACUCGAUCCUGCUUUCCCUGGAACUCAAAAAAUCAUCGAGACAAUCAGUGUGCCUAGAAAGGGACUAUUGGCCUGUGACGAAUCGCCUGCGAGUCUAGAACAGAGAUUUCAAGAAAUCGGUAUAGAUAAUACCGAAUCUACGAGACGUGCAUAUCGAGAAAUGCUAUUCUCCGCGAAUAAGUCUCAAUUGUCGCAGUAUAUAAGCGGUGUGAUUCUCCAUCACGAAACAAUCCAUCAGAGAACGUCGGAAAAUGUGGAAUUUGUCGAAUUCCUACGUCGAAGGAACAUCGUAGCCGGCGUGAAAGUUGAUCGAGGUCUGGUACCUCUUUUCGGCACCGAAGAUGAAAAGACUACGCAAGGUUUGGACAACUUACAAGAGAAUUGUAUUCGGUACAAAAACGAGGGCUGCCAUCUCGCCAAGUGGAGAUGUGUGUUUUCGAUUUCGGAACGAUGUCCCAGUCGACUGGCGAUGAUUACCAAUGCAAAUGUUCUUGCGAGGUUCGCUAGCAUCUGCCAAAGCGCGCGAAUGGUUCCCAUAGUAGAACCGGAAAUAUUGAGUAAUGGCGAAUAUGGUAUAGAUCGGGCUUUACAAGUUCAUGAAGAGAUGCUGUCCAUCCUGUUUCGUGCUUUGAAUGAGUAUCACGUGUAUCUUGAGGGAAUGAUUUUGAAACCAGCGAUGGUACUGUCGAGUAUAAAAAAUGCAAUAAAAUGCACGCCGCAGAUUGUUGCUGAGUAUACACUAAGAGCAUUACGAAGAACAGUACCCGCGGCAGUUCCAGCAAUUUUUUUUCUAAGCGGCGGUCAAACUGACGAAGAAGCUGUGUUAAAUCUAAAUGCCAUUAACGCAUAUGACCAUAGAAAGCCAUGGAGGCUCAGUUUCUGCUAUGGGCGUGCUCUGCAGAACGCGGCGAUGAAAAUUUGGAAAAACAAUCCGGAAAAUGAAGAUAAGGCUCAAGCAAUGUUCCUUAAAAGGGCCCAAUUAUGCUCCGAAGCAUCUUCGGGAGAAUUACAAGUUGAACAGUACAACAUGUGCACUCGCUUGUAAAGAUUAAACAGAUGCUUAGUUUUUUCUCCUUGUGGAAUAAUUAUAUGUACAACGCAUUCAUCAAAUUUUAUAAUCGCCAGAAAAAUUAAUAUGAUAUAAGUAUAUAUUUUAAAUAUAUAUUGUUAAAUCAUUAAAGACUAUUUUUUAGACUAUUAAUAAAUGUGACUAUUAAUGUGCAAAUUAAAUCAUUUUCAACAAAAUGUA